CCGAGAAUAACUGCUAACAGGAGGUUGCGUGAUGCUGUUGGCACGAGCUUGUUAUAAUUUGGAGAGUUGAAUGAGUUUUUCAUUAUUGGUGACAUUUAUAAACUAGUUGGCUGUAACCUUGAUUUUAAUCACAGCGGGUAAGAUUUGUACAUAUAUAUAAAUCACCUCUCAUCAUUUCGAGUGGAGGAAUCUUUACUGACAGCUGUGUUUAUCUACGUCCAAGCGUCCAAGAACAGCCGAAUAUGAAAUACUGAAUAUGGAUUUUUCCCAUCUUCAUACAUAUACUCCACCUCAACAUGCACCAGACAACACUGGCUAUACAUACUCCCUCAGUUCAAGUUACUGUACUGCAGCUCUCGACUUUGAAGCAAAACAUAAGAUUGAUCCUGUUUAUGAUUCUCCAAGAAUGUCACGGCGCAGUUUGCGUCUGGCUACCAAUUACCACAUAUCUGAUGAUGCUGAACUUGAUGCCGGAAACCUUAAUUCCAGUGUGGGCAACUUUUCAUCUUACAAGGAAAAAACAACCAAAGCAGUGAAACAGAGAAGUACAAGUAAACAAUUGAGUACAACACAAGAAUACUCAAAGGCUCUUUCCAGUUCCUCAGCACUCAGCCAGAGUAGUUUUGCCAGUCAUGUCAGUGACCUGUCAAUGGCAUCCACUUCUACAGUGCUGGAUGAAUCUUCAAUACAAGAAAGAACAGAAGUUGACCACUUCUGGGGACUUGAUGAAGAUGAUGACCAUAAAGAUAAUGCUGAUAGAACUGUAAUUCUGCCCAAUGGGGAUAUAAUAUCUUCUGGAACCCAGACAUCUAUGGUCAAUGGCUAUACCUGUGAGAACUGCAGUAUGCUGUCUCAGCGAAAGGAUGCACUUACCACGUAUUCCUCUAUGCAUACAGCACCCUCUGUGGUGUACUCCAGAACCAAGACCAAAACUACCAAGUCAGGAGGACUCCAUUAUUAUGCGAGCCGUGUUCUGCAUGUCUCCAAAUAUGCUGCAUCAUCUCUGGUAUCACUGUUCGUGCAGUUUUUUCAAACCGUUUCGUUGAAGCUGGGGUACAAGUCUAAAGCUCAUUCAAGUUACUGUGGAAGUAUGAACAUAAAUGAAUUACACAACAAAGAAAGCCACCUUGGCCUGAAUGGGGAAUCAUUGUGUGAUGACUGUAAGGAGAAGAAGCACCACGAGACACAUACAACAGUCCACAUACAGUCUUCACGGUCUAAAAGGGUGGCAAGGACCAUGUGGCAUAUCUUUUCAUACACAGGCUACUUUUUGCUCCAGGCAGUGAAAUCUGUCAGCUCUGUGGGCUGGUUCGUAACCAGAAAGCUCUUGUCUUUUCUGUGGCUGACCAUUGUUUCUCCAGGGAAGGCAGCUUCUGGAGCAUUAUGGUGGCUUGGGACUGGAUGGUACCAACUUGUUGCUUUUGUAUCCCUUUUAAAUGUCUUUCUCCUUACAAGGUGCUUACCUAGAAUUCUAAAGUUUCUGCUGCUGAUUUUGAUACCACUUCUGCUUUGGUUAGGUUUAUGGUAUCUGUACCCUGCAGAAUUGUUGUCACUUCUACCUUUUCUCAAUGGGACAGAAAUUCAGGCUGUACCAUUACCAGAUGAGGCAUCUGUGACUCCAAAAAUAGACCCAGCAAUAUUUGGCCAUGGUGAUUCAGAGAGAUCUGGCCAAGAUUUUGAUGUCAGUCGCUUGGCUCAGUUAGAGAAACAAGUGGCCGUUUUAUCAGACAGCUGUCAAAAGAGUGGCUUGCACAAUGAUGAACGUUACAAUCAGGUUAUGGUGCUGCUUAAGCAGCUUCAGCAGCAGCUUGAACAGAUGAACAGCAAAGAUGGCAUAUCCCUCUUGAUCACUAAUGCUGUCACUCAGCAGAUAGAAGAACUAAAACAGCCUAAAUAUGUUUCAGAGACCGACUAUGAAGCGUUUCGAAAAGCAUAUGAGUCCCAAAUCACUGAAAUGGAAAGACUUGUUAAGCAGCUGUCUGCCAGAUCUGAGGAGUUACAAAUGCAAUUUGAAGCAUCGAAAUCUGGAACAAUAAGUGGUGGUAGUGAUGAAAGGAGCCAGCACCUUAUUUCAGAAAUCAAACGAUUGGAACAAGAACUUGAUGCCAUCAAAUUGGAGGUGCUGACCAUGCAAAGCCGAAUGUCUUCUUGUGAUAAAGUGAACAAUCUACAAGAAACAGUCAAUACCCAAGUGAAGGAAUCGGUGAAGCUUCUAUUUUUUGAUGAAAAUGAAAAAGAUGUUCGGGAAUCUCUCUUGCAGUGGCUUUCAUCAUAUUUUGUUAGCAAGACAGACUUCCAUACAGUUCUGCAGAACUUAGAAAUGAGAAUCCUGAAAAAUAUCUCUUUCUACAGAACUCAUUUGAGAGACGUGCCAGCAGUGUCAGUUGUGACGGAUUCUGCAGCCAGUGUAGGACUCGCUGGAAUUACAGAGCAGCAAGCUCAUAUGAUCGUGAAUAAUGCUCUGAAGCUCUAUUCCCAAGACAGAACAGGCAUGGUAGAUUACGCAAUGGAGUCUGGAGGUGGUAGUGUUCUAAGUACACGGUGUUCUGAAACAUAUGAGACCAAAACAGCCUUGAUGAGUCUCUUUGGAGUUCCUUUAUGGUACUUCUCUCAGUCCCCAAGAGUAGUAAUCCAGCCUGAAGUAUAUCCUGGAAACUGCUGGGCUUUCAAAGGCUCACAAGGGUACCUUGUUGUUCGACUUUCUAUGAUGAUCUUUCCCAGUGCCUUCACUCUAGAACAUAUUCCAAAGAACCUGUCUCCAACUGGUAAUAUCAGCAGUGCUCCUAAGGAGUUUACAGUUUAUGGCCUAGAAGACGAACACCAAGAAGAAGGAGUCCUUUUGGGGCAGUACAUGUAUGAUGAGAAAGGAGAAGCACUGCAGACCUUUGAUGUUAAGGAAGAAAAUGACAAGGCUUUCCAGAUAGUGGAACUGCGAGUCCUGUCCAACUGGGGUCAUCCAGAAUAUACUUGUCUGUAUAGGUUCAGAGUUCAUGGAGUCCCUGUUAAGAAUGAGGACCUGUAGAUAUUACAGUGCUAGUUUGCAUUUGCCUUUGUAUAUACUGGAAUAACUGGGACACUGGACCUUCCUGGUGUAUGGUGGUGUGAUUUUUGUAUACAAAGAUCUUUAUACAUUUACAAGCUGAAUAACACUCAAAUUGUAAAAUAUUCUGCCUCAUUGAAGUAAAAUUGUCUGGCUGGUAGGACAGUCCAUCUGUGUUUUCAUGCAGUAUAGAAGCUGCCCUCAGUUUGGCAUUCAGGAAGUAAGCUCUUUUUGUAAAUUGCUGCUCUCUUUAAUUGGAAAGCACUGAAUAUUUUAAUGGGCAGUAAAGUUGUAAGUUUUAUUUUCAGAGUUUUUUUGUUUAUUUUUGCCAUGUAGUUCGCCCUAUUGUAUUUGCUUCAAAUGUUUUAAUUGCCACUGAAACCAUUUUGAGUUUGACUCAUUGGAGGUAUUAUGUACUUCCUGAAAACUGAUUAUUCGGGUUCAGUUUGCUGUGUGAGUGCAAAGCCCUUUAAAAGUAAACUUUCUCUAUUUUGUGGGAAGAGUAUUUUUUUCUGAAACGGGAAUUCAAGUAUACAGAAAAACAGUACCAUCUCAAAAGAGGUAAAGGCAGUACUCACUGGCUUUCUACAUAGUUGUGUAAGUGUAUAUUGCACAGCAUUCCUUGCAUCUUUAGAAGUGAACUGAACUUUUUUCUGCAUUAGAUAGCAAACACUUGAGACCCAUGUAGAAAAGAUUUGAUUAUAAUGUUUGUACAGCCAUUUCAUAUUAUAUUAAAAUAUCCUAUGUAAAGCUAUAUUUGAGAUUGGGAGAAGGGACAUUGUGAAUAAAUGCUAAUUUAUUUUUUAAAAAGCAAGAGAAGACUUUGUGAGAUGUAUUUUUGUAAGUGCUUUUUACUUCUUGAUAGUUUUUUCUUUGCCAUUAUAAAACUGAAGAUGCUAUUGAGACAUUUUGAAGACUACUUUUCUGAGAGUGCAUGUAAUGCAGAAACGUAUAAUAAAGGGUAUUUUCUUUUUUCA